AUGUCCUCAAAUUUUACCACGAGCUACGCGUACGUUUUUACUUUGGAAGCUCAUCGAUCCGUUGCUUCCCAACCAACCUUGGCAUACAGUCUUGGUGUCUCCUUGCGACUGAGCACGUCGACUUCGACUUCGAUAUACCUGCCAUGUCCCAUGGAAACUGACUGGCCCGAAAAGAUACCUGGGGAGCCAUCGACGGCGAAAUUUCAGCCAAAUCAUACUGACACCCUUCCAUCAAGAAUGGCCGUGCAAGAACAAAAAACACCCCGCUAUGAAUACGCGUCGACUCCGUUCCAUUGGCACCCCCAAGCAGCAUCCAUGUCCAGUGUCACCCCAGCCCGGCAAAUGCCAUCUCGUCGUCCUCGACUGGUUCGGUAA